AAGCUUCAUAAGAGUCCGCAUUGUUGCAAAUAUUAUAACAACCCUGUUAAAUGAAAGCAGCUGAUUGCGCGUUUCAUACAAAAUAUAUAAAGUUAAAAAUUUUUUAUUUGUGCAAUACUUUUCUAUAUAAGAAAUUUAAAGGUAAACAAAUUUAACUUAUUUUGCUUUAAGUAUUAAAUAAUAUUUGUAUGCGUUAUAUCAACAAUUACGUGUAUAUUUUAUCAGUAAUCAAAAACUAGAUUUUAACUGUGGUUUUGACAAAAUGACUGUCAGAUAACUUUCAGUCAGCGAUCGACUGUCAAAUCGGCUGCAGUUGGUCGUGGUUGCCGCGUAUGUAUUUUCAUCUGCUCACGAUAAUAAUGUUAAAGUAAUCGAAACUCCUGACUAUAAAAACUCGAUAAUUUAUUUUUUUCGGCUAAAAUUGGCUUUUCGUAAAAUAUACAAAAAAAAAAAAAUCAAAAGUUUUGUUAAAUAAUGGGAGGCACUUCAAACGGCAGCACUUCACUCGAUAUACAAUUGAACGGGAGCACAAGCAGUCUACUUCCAAAAGACACACGUAAAGAUGAAGAUCCCACGUUAUACUUUAAGAAAAUUGCUAGUGCCUUUUUCUAUGGCAUGGCAUCAUUCAUGAUAACAGUAGUAAAUAAGACAGUGUUGACGUCCUAUCAUUUUCCAUCGUUCCUAUUUUUAAGUGUAGGCCAACUGACGGCAAGUGUUGUCGUGCUUGGCUUAGGAAAACGCUUAAAAUUUAUAUCAUAUCCACCGUUAGCUCGAAACACAUUUAUGAAAAUAUUUCCUUUGCCAUUAAUAUUUCUUGGAAAUAUGAUGUUCGGUUUAGGAGGAACACAAGCACUCAGUUUGCCUAUGUUUGCUGCAUUACGACGCUUCUCGAUAUUGAUGACAAUGUUGCUGGAGUUGAAAAUUCUUAGUAUAAGACCAACUACUGCUGUGCAGAUAAGUGUCUAUGCCAUGAUUGGAGGUGCAUUACUCGCAGCAUCUGAUGAUUUAUCUUUCAAUAUGAAAGGCUACACUUUUGUUAUGAUAACAAAUGCUUUUACUGCUGCAAAUGGUGUAUUUGUUAAAAAGAAGUUGGAUACAUCAGAAAUUGGCAAAAAUGGACUUAUGUAUUAUAAUUCAUUGUUUAUGCUUUUGCCAGCAUUUAUAGUCACAAUUUUUACUGGAGAUUUAAAGAGUUCUAUGGCAUUUGCUAGCUGGAACGAUCCUUUCUUUUUGGUACAAUUCUUGAUGAGUUGUUUUAUGGGCUUCAUUUUAUCGUACAGCACCAUUAUAUGCACGCAGUACAAUUCAGCGUUGACUACGACAAUUGUUGGUUGUCUAAAGAAUAUCUGUGUAACAUAUUUGGGUAUGUUUAUCGGUGGAGAUUAUGUAUUCUCGUGGCUAAAUUGCAUUGGCAUAAAUAUAAGUGUCUUCGCUAGUCUUUUAUAUACAUACGUCACGUUCAGACGAAAACAAACUCCUGACAAGGAACAACUAAUACCGACAACGAAAGGAGAAGCUGUAUAACACAAAUUCAUAUUCAAAAAAAAAAUGAAUGAAUAAAAUUUGACAAAAUUAACUUAAUUAUUUUGUUUAGUUAUAAUGUUUAAACGUUUUAACAUAAGUCUGUAUAAGUAUAAUUAAUUAUUUUAUUUAUUAGUGUUUCGAAGUAGUUAAAAAUGUGCAUUAUCAUGUACUAUAAAAUGCAAUGAAUUUACUUAUUUUUGUAUUAUUAAUUAUUUACUCUACAAAAAAAAAUGUA